AUGAAUUUCCAGGGAGGUUGCUGUAUAACGCGAUACGGAGACGGCAGUGAUAUGUCGAAGGUCGACAGGAUUAUGCUCCGGUACCGUCCGAUUGCACCGAGACCAGAUUCCGGUGGAUCUUCUUCACCGCCGCCGGCGGAUUCCGUUUCAUCGAAAUCACGGAGGGGUAAGAGAAAAUAUUCAAAGGAGAAGAGUAGCAGCAGCGGAUCUGUCGGUAGUAACGGCAACAGCAAACGGUGCAAUAGACGGAGAAACGAAGACCCUAAGAACGGAUCUGGGGUCGGCGAGAGAGUGACGUUGUCUCUUCUUCCGGAGACUUCUGAGAGGAAGGAGUACUCGCCACCGUCGUCGCACGCUAGGGUUUUGGCGCCGGCUCCGGGGUUAAGUUUCAGAGAUAACGGACGUCAUAAGACGGCGACGAAGAGUUCGGAUCUGAUAACGGAAAGCGUUGUGACGUCGUUGUUGACGGUAGAGUGCGUAACGGAGAGAUGUGUGGAGGAGGGAGAGUAUGAGCUAGGGUGUACGGACGAAGAGAGGAAGAUGAAUCUGGAGAGAGACACGUGUCCUGGUUUUAUAUCGGACGGUUUAGGGAGAGUGGUUUGGACGAACGCGUCGUACAGAGAGUUGGUGAUUGGCGGAGAGGAGAAGACGAGUAAGAUGAGUGUGUGGCUGGUGAUGAAGGAAAGGCCUUUGCUAACGCACCGGACGUUCACCUGCAGAAUCAGACUGCAGUACACGUGUCGUUCCAUUACUUCGCCAUGUGACGUUUGGAAGAUGAAGGACGGUGGUUUUGCGUGGCGGCUCGAUGUUAACGCUGCACUGUGCCUCGGACGGUGA